AUGUCUCCGCAGUGCACGCAGUUGAGCGGCGUCUGUGGAUCGCUUCACGUCUCCGCUAGCAGCCCUCACCAUCUUUUACAUAUGGCUGACACCGUAGCUCUGAACCGUUCACGGGUCAAAGCAUUGCCGAUGAAGAUCAGUCCACAACACAGCACUUCAAGUCCUCGCAAGACACCCCACUGCAAGACGUGUCAGCGGUCUCGUGCUGGCCACCCACGCUCAGGGUGCCCCUAUACUGACUCUCUCGCUCCUGGAAUAAACUCGCUCGAGGCGCUCCAGAUUGAUUCCUCUAUUGACGAGAAACAUGGACGACAACCAUCGAAGUCACCAGUGCCCCACACAAGCAUCGCAAGGGACGACAGUCCGCCAUGGAGGCCCUCCACUCCCAAGGCUGAGCAAUCACAUCACACCGCCAAAGCGUGCUCUCUGGGUCACAAAGUUGGCCAAGACGAGCAACACAUGUUCUUCGAUCGGGCAAGAUUGACUUUAGAGGGAUCUGUGGUCAUCUUGAAGCACCCAAAGGAUGGUAUUGCCGAUCUUCUCGCCGAGGCAAAGACGGUUGGACUUGCUGCAGAGGUGAUUGGCUCGCUGGGCAAAAAUAGUCGGUUGGUGGUGUUUGGGAGAGAUGGGGAAUUGUUGAGCAAAGUCGGGCAUGUCGGAGGUUCGAAGAAGGAGGCUGUCGACAAGGUGUGCGAGAACGAGGUGAAGAAGGGGUGCUAUUCAGCACUGGUUGUUGGUGGGGCAGGCACAGUGGUCGGUGCUGUGGCUACCUGGAUGGCACUGGCCUUCUUAUGA